AGAGGAUUGUCAGCUGAAGAGGCGAGAUGGCUCUUGGCUGUUGUUGAUCAGUCUGUUGUGGCUGCACUCGAAGAUCAUGGUCUGCUACAAACAAGUUGCUGUCGUCUGCGCCUUGGCCGGAGUCGCAUGCGCCCUCCCACAGGUUGUGCCCGCUCCUGGCAAUGGCUUUUUCGAUGUGUUCUCUUGGGGCUUCGACCAUCUUGGAUACGGAGGUCCAGUGGAGCCCCUGCCCAUCCCGAUUGGUGAAGGAGCUAAAAGUGACAACGGAGCGAAGGCCGAGAACAUCUGCACCUGCAAAGAAUCUGAUUGCCAAUGCUGUAUUGACAUGAGUCUGGCUUACAUUGACAUUGGAGGCCCAAGCUGUGUUUUCCUGAAAUACGUAUCUCUUGAUGAAGGCUUAAGAAUGAAUAUCUCUUACGGAGACAGCUUGCUGCACGGAGCUACAGUGAAUGAAACCAACCCAGGACCGAUCUGCAUGAAUCUCUUGUCUGACCUGGCUCAAGUUUGUGCUUCAAUGAAGAGACUGAGGAAGGAUGGAGAUGGUUUGAAAGGCUGCGCCUCCAUAGAACCAGCAAUUCUUGGAGAAAUUCAGGCGGAAUACCCACUGAGCUGUUUCAAGAUGACUCCUACAGGAAUGGUUGUUGAUGAGGAAGAAAAAAGCACUGUGGCAGAGAGCAGCGAACAGAGCACGGAGGAGAACGUCGGCGAGGAGACGUCUCUGUCGACACCAAAACCGGAGGUGAGCGAAGAGGCGCUGAUAGCCGCAGUCAACGAGUCGGCAGAGGAAGGAAUCGCCUGGUUCAGCAGUCUGCUGGGAUUCAGCUUCGGAGGAGCGCAGUCAGCUGACAAUGCCACAGCCACGGCUCACAGUUCGAACACCACUGCGCAGCUGACUCCACCACAUACCGCGCAUGCGCAAGAGGUCAAAUCCGAAGCAAAUAGUGAGAGAAAGCCGCAGGAUGCUGCCACUCAAACGUCCGAAGUUCCUUAAUUUCAUCAAAUAAUGUGUUCAUUGGAGAAGGUGUGAUUUGGUGAACAAUGGACAUGAGAAUGAAUGGUGAAGAGACAAUGUGUAAUUUAUUUUAUGAUGGUUUGAGUAGUGCUGAAUCAUUCAUGAUCUCCAUUGAUCGAGUUUUUAAUCUAGUAUAAGGCAUUUUCAUUACGAAUCGACGUCAAAAAUGUCAUUUUUCCAUUAUCAAGGAUAGUGAAAUUUUACACUAAGCAUUGAGUACGAGGAUUUUGGGAUAAAUGUGGAUCAACUCAAUUAUUGUCACACUAGUUGGAAUACUCAAAAUAUGAUUUAUGGAUAAAAUACUCAUGACAUAUUGGAUAAUUCCCAUGAUCAUGCUUCAUGAUUCCUGGGAUUAUUGGUCAUGGAUAUUGUAUACAUAAAAUUUGUUUAAAGUUUUGAAAUCAUAUACAGAGUAACGUAACUUCAUAUUGAAACUAGUUCACCACCAGUAAGGGAGAACCGCAUUCUUUUACAAACUGAGAGGAGUGGAAAUGAUUUGGUAAAGUGUCGGAAUAAUCUAGUUGAGUCAUCAUGAUCUAUUACUUAGAUAUUCAAUAUUAUUAUUAUUUUAUUAUAGACCAAGAACAAAAAGUAAUGUUUUGGGUCAGAUUUUUGUUUCAAAAAAGCAUUAUUAAUCGCUGUAUUCCAACAUGACUUCUCCUUGCUUAUGUUGUAUCUUGUACUGUAAAUAAUGUAAGAUAAACUGAGUCAACAGCUUUCCGGUUUUCUUGAAGCAUAAUAUGAAGUUAUAACCUCUCACUCUGAAAAAAUGAGAACCGUGCAUUUUUGAAUAAUCAUGCAAAUGAAUCAAUUUCUUGCUGAAAAGUCAGGAGUGUGUGUAGUACAUGUAUACUUAUCAUUACACCAGGAAAAUAUUUAAUAUUAUUUAUAACUGUAGAAAUGAAGAAUAAAAAUUGUGUAGGCUAGUCAUAUUUUUGCAAUAAAAAUUUCACUCCUGACAUGUCUCAUCAA